CGGGGCUGCAGCGUCGCGAGUCGGUGCAGCAGCCCGCAGCGCGCCGCGCCUCCGCGAGCCGGGACGGCACUCGGGCCCCCCGCGCGCCCCCUGCCCCGCGCCAGCCCCGCCGCGGCCUGCGGCCACCGAGGACCCCGUCGGCCCCAGAGCCGGGGAGCAGCGCGCGGCCGCGAGCCGGACGGGGCCGGGCGCUGCGCCUUUGUCCCCGGAGGCUCCGGGAAGUUUGCAGCGGGACGCGCGCGCGGAGGGCAGCGCGGGCAGCCCCGACGUCGCCGAGCAGCAUGGGCAGCGGGCGCGGCGCGCGGGGCCGCGGCGGGGCCGCCUCGGGCGCGCUGCUGGCGCUGGCCGCCGCGCUGCUGCUGGCCGCGGGUUCGGCCAGCGAGUACGACUACGUGAGCUUCCAGUCGGACAUCGGCUCGUACCAGAGCGGCCGCUUCUACACCAAGCCCCCGCAGUGCGUGGACAUCCCGGCGGACCUGCGCCUGUGCCACAACGUGGGCUACAAGAAGAUGGUGCUCCCCAACCUGCUGGAGCACGAGACCAUGGCAGAGGUGAAGCAGCAGGCCAGCAGCUGGGUGCCGCUGCUCAACAAGAACUGCCACAUGGGCACCCAGGUCUUCCUCUGCUCGCUCUUCGCGCCCGUCUGCCUGGACCGGCCCAUCUACCCGUGUCGCUGGCUCUGCGAGGCCGUGCGCGACUCGUGCGAGCCGGUCAUGCAGUUCUUCGGCUUCUACUGGCCCGAGAUGCUCAAGUGUGACAAGUUCCCGGAGGGCGACGUCUGCAUCGCCAUGACCCCGCCCAACGCCACCGAAGCCUCGAAGCCCCAAGGUACAACAGUGUGUCCUCCAUGUGACAACGAGUUGAAAUCCGAGGCCAUCAUUGAACAUCUUUGUGCAAGCGAGUUUGCACUGAGGAUGAAAAUAAAAGAAGUAAAGAAGGAAAAUGGCGACAAGAAGAUUAUCCCCAAGAAGAAGAAACCUCUGAAGCUGGGGCCCAUCAAGAAGAAGGAGCUGAAGAGGCUUGUGCUGUUCCUGAAGAACGGUGCCGACUGUCCUUGCCACCAGCUGGACAACCUCAACCACCACUUCCUCAUCAUGGGCCGCAAAGUGAAGAGCCAGUACCUGCUGACAGCCAUUCACAAGUGGGACAAGAAAAACAAGGAAUUCAAAAACUUCAUGAACAAAAUGAAAAACCACGAGUGCCCCACCUUCCAAUCUGUUUUUAAGUGAUCCUGGGGUGGACUGGGGGGGUGGGGGGGUGGCCCAGGCUGAGGGAGGGGGCGAGCGGAUGACCCCGGCUCUACGGGUUCAAAUAUUGCUCUCGCCUGUGGCAGUGUGUCCUUUGCCUCACGGCUGCCUGUGUUCCCACAGCAAUCUCACUCCCUUCUCUUUCCAUAGCCACGUCCAGCUAAGGCCAGGGCCCUUUAGAUUAGGAAGGCUUUUUUUAAGGGCUGCAGCAGGGCCAGCAGUCACUGUGUAAAAGGAGGAGCAGGCUCCUUUCACGGAGUCUCAGGCACAUAAAAAGAAAAUGUUUGGGGGAGGGGGGGAAAGGAUUGUAAAGAAGAACAUCAGGGGCAGCUGGCUCAACUCGCAUGUUGUUCUGGACAUCAUUACGGAUUGCUUGUGGAGCCUUUGGGUAGAAGAUUCUGAUCAUUGCCAAGCCAGGUUGCUUUCAGUUUGGUGGUAAAUCCCCCUUUUUCUGCUUUAGGUAGAAACAAGUCCAUCACCACUGUACCACUGUCCACACACACACACACACACACACACACACACACACUUCUGAAAGCAGCCAGGGUAUCCCAAUAUGGAAUGGGAUAUAUAAAGUGGCUGAAUGGGAGGCCACUGCCUGUUCUACCCUCAGUGUUUGAACCAGCCACCUCUGAUAGGAAACUGUUGGUCUCUGUCAGUCCACUGGGGUCGAAGGGCUACAGGGAUCUGUGUUUACUUCUGUCUGAGGAGGAACAUUCGGGCAUGAAAAGACACGAGGCAUCUGAGGCUGAGAAGCCAAUAGUUCCUGGUUUUCAAAACCACAGUGAAAGUAGGAGACAAAUGUCGAGCAUCCCACAGGUCAUGAAUCAGGGUGAAUGGGGAGCCCCUGUGAACGGCCCCACACUGUCAUUUUUAUCUGUCACAUUUCCAAAGAACAGCAGCAACCUAAACAGUGACAGAAGCCCACACACCCUUUCAAGGCUUGGAUGAAGUCCACAGUGAGCAUUUCAAAGAUAACGUCUUUGACUGCCCAAGGCUGACCUCUUAAUGAGCAUGCUCUCUGCCCAUGUGCUGAGGAAGAGGUGGGCGUGGUGUCAUGGCCAUGCUCAGCUGCCCUUAAGCCAGCACGGCUAUGUAAACAGAUGAUCCACAGUCCUGCCCAGGCUCUGCUUUUCUGCAAGGAGAUCCUCUUCCUUAAACAUGGUUGCCUAGAGUUCAAACACCGCCUGCCUGAUCCCCUCUACCUUUACUUUUGUCCUCCUCUGACUCACGUUUUUAUCUGAGGCUAAGUGCCCCAUCCAAGGAGCUGGUUUCAAAGGCUAACCAUCGGUAGUUUCCCUAAGUGCCCAAAGGUGUUCCCUGAAGUUGGUAUGCUUAAUAAGUGAUGUCAAUAAGCCAGUUGUCUUAGGCAGCCUUACUCUUAUUGUCUGAGUAGUUUAAAAAAAAAAAAAAGUUAAUUUCUUCCACCAAAGUCUGAUUAUUCACUCCUCACCACAUCUCAAGGACCACAGUGGCUGUCCCUCCAGCUUACUCAAUCCAGAAGAAGCAUUGAUCUUGAGGAGUCAUCUAUCCAGUGGCCUUAGAGUGACACAAAAAGAGAGGAAAAUCUUGGUAACUUUCCAAAGACUCCAGCCUGAAAAUCAUGCCAACCCAGUUAUCAAGUGGGGUAGUAACCCAAUUAACUUCAUGUUUAGUCCUCCUAUCAUCUUAACACUUUUAAAAAUUCCUUCACACUUAAUCAUAUAGUUACUAGGGACCUUAAGCGAUUUGCCUGUAAUUUUGGAUGACUUAAAAGUGCGCCUGCACAUUAGUAACUAGAAAUAGUCUACUUCCUCAUCGUCCAGCUGAAACGCAAAGGAUUUCGUGACUACAUUGUAGACUGGGCCUCCAGUCCCUAGCUUAACAUUCGCUGAGAGGCUGCACAUUGUGGCAAAGUGUUUUAUGCAGCAGGACCCCAUCCAAGUGGCGGAGGACUUCCUCCUUGAAUUUUUCGAGGGUGUGUGUGUGUGUGUGUGUGUGUGUGUGUGUUGAUAAUUUCACAGAAAGAAAGCUAGGGUCUGUGUUGGGCAGUUCUGUGUUAGGAAUCCUCAGGUAGGAGGCAGCACUCUCAGAAAGGUUUCACAACAAGCUGAUCCUGUGAACUGCAGCGGCUGUUCCGGGCCCCCUCCAUCCUGGCCAUGUCCCCCUCCACCCCACCCCCACCAUCCCCACCUCCCUUCAGAAUCCCUGGCUUUAGCAUUCCAUUGUAGACCAGUGAGGAUUUUGAACACACACAGACUGGUUUUGUCCAGUAUAUCAGCAGUUCAGGACAGAAAGGGAGGCUGUCUAUGGACCCGAAGCUGCCUGAUCACCAACCUUUGUUAUGUUCAACAAAAGGUCUAACAAACCAAUGUGCAGACUCAGUGGUUUCAGUAGAGGCGAUCCGUGUGCAUUCUGGCCAUUGUUGCCAAUCAAGGGUCAGAUCUGGAAAGCUUUAAAAGGAUCAUUAGAGAGUCAGAGGAGAACAAACCCACCAAACUUUUACAGUCUCAUUAGCAGUUCUCUUAGAAGACAGACUCGGAGGCAAGAGUUGUCAGAAUAGUUCUUUAAGACAUUCUGUAUUAAUACUCAGCUCUCAUAGUUGGUGGGGUGGCACACUGCUUUCCCUGGGGCAGAGUCUAGACAGAGCUCCAGGCUCCAUGCGAAUGUGUAAAUUACAGAAAUCUCAUCUCCCAAAAGCUGUUUGUCUUGUUAGACUCCCUGUGACUAGACGCUCUGUUGUACCCUCGUAGCUGGAGUGUUUCAAGAUGUGUUUCGGAAGCAAACCUGAGACCACCUCUCCACAAUGGCACGCUGGCUGCUCUGACCCAGCAUCACAGGUCCUUGGCACACAGAUGGAAUUCCCCUUGGCCCUGGUUUUCUCGUGUGGACUCCACGUUUAGAGUCUAAAACUUUUCUAAAAAGCUUUGAAUACUGUGAAGAUGUUUUACAUUCCAUUUCAUUUGGGUUGUUUUUUAACUACAUUUGACCAGAUGUUUUGAUGUUAUCACUUAUGUUAAUAGUAGUUCCCAUAUGUGUUUUGUUUUCAUGCUUUUCCUGCCAUGUAUUCACUUGACUAAAAUCACUCAAUCAAUAA